AUAUACAUAUAUGUAAUACAUAUAAAGAAGCUUUAUUUUAAAUAAAUUGACUAGAACUUUUAAAACAAUCAGCAUUUGUUUUAUGUACUAUGUUAUAAACGUCAACCAUUUGCACAGAUGUUUUUUUUGUUACUUUGACAUCAGUUGGUUCACCACCACCCACCCCUAAAGACUUUCACUUAUUACUGCUCAAAGCAUGUCGCGCAAACAAUCACUUUCGGAAGUCAUUAGCAGAAAUUUUAUUUAUUUUUUAAUUAUACAAAUUAGAUUAAUAAAUGCUGGAAUAAAUGUAGAAUUGGACGUAAACGGGAAACCGCUGCCAAAAGCGGCAACUUUUCACUUUCCGGAAUAUGCUUACAAGGAGACAAGUAAAAACGAAAUUAUAUAUCACGAUUUAGAAGUUAAAUGUGAGCAACAUAUUACAUGCGAAAAUCUAGAGGGAGUUGAUAAGAUAGCCUGUGUACGUCGUUGUGUUUCAUACUCGUGCUAUCAGGACAUAUAUGCUUUUGAUGAAUUGGAAGAAGGCGAAAUUGAUGUGCGCUUGAAUUCAUUUAAGGGUUGUGUAAUCCAACGUACUGGGAAUACAAACCGCAGGUAGCAUAAAAUGAGUUUACUUCGUAAAAUAGAUGGUAUGGAGAUACUAUAUGAGUUACAAUGGAGAACUAUGCAACUGUUUAGAAAAUUUGGUUGGAUUUAAAUUAAAUGGAGGAAUUUAACUUUUCAUUAAUAAUGGCAACACAAGUGCAUAGUUAAACAAUAUUACUUAUGAGUAAAAUAAUUAUUAUUU